CGCUAAGAAGAUGCUAUUUUCGAAACACGAUCGUCGCUCUGUGGUCAUUACAGACUAUGGCGUUCAAUUCAGCCGCCUGUUUUCUAUGUCGCAACUCUAUGCAAACAUGCUACGGUGACAAAAGAGGCUUGUGUAUGCCCGCAUUGUCUCAGUAAAUGUCAAAACUCAAUUCAAGAGAUCUGUUUCGUAUCCAGCGUGUCCCGCUCGCGGCGCUAGCUGUAAUAUUGUUUACUCUGCUUGCGGGUCACAACAUUAAUGCACACAACCUUUCCCCUUGGCUGCUUAAAUCGCAUGUAAACAGACAACAGCAGUAUCGUUGCGAGAUCUAUGUCUCGUCGCAGUGAGACUCCAUCGCAAUUUACAAUCAAGAUGAAUUUUUGUUUUGGG